GAUGGGCUGCGUUCCUAGCACAAUUGAUAAUGAUACAAAGAAAACGAAUGAAAGCGUCGCGGAUGGUAAUAUCAUUACGAACAUUGAGCCUAUUAUUAAAUCAAAUAAAGGUGCUCUUGUCCUCUAUGCAAGUGAGAGCGGAACUUCGGAAGGUUUCGCCAGGGAUAUGGCCAAAAAAUUGCCAAUUUCAACCAGAUUAAUAUGUAUGAAUCAGACUUCGAGUAAAGAACUACUAAAAGAAGAAAGGAUAUUUGUAAUUGCUAGUACGUACGGAGAAGGAGAAGCUCCUUCGAAUGGUCAAAAUCUCUAUUUUGAUCUAUUAGAAUGUAGGGAAAAUGGGUGUAAAUUUGAUAAUUUAACUUUUUCCGUUCUGGCUUUGGGAUCUUCAAAACACGUUGAUUUAUGUAAUUUCGGUAGAAAUUUUGAUAAAUUAUUGCAUGAAUUGGGAGGGUCAAGAAUUGAGGAAGUCCAACUAGCUGAUAAAAUGGCAGAUCUACGGCAAAUGGAUGUUUAUAAAGCGUGGUUUAAACGAAUGAAAAAAUGGGUUAAAAUGAAAGAAUAUGGCUUGAACGGAGACUAUAAUGAAGAAGAAGAGAAUGAUGAAGAUGAAGAGUCUUUAGCAAAAAAUUUUAAAUUAUCCUAUAAAUCAGUGGAAAACGAUGAACCUCAAUUAAUUUAUGCCCUAGAAAAAGUACAUAAUAGAUCAAUAGCAAGUUGCAGAGUAAUUAGCGUUACAAAACUUCAAAGUCCUUCAUCCGAGAAGCAAACAAUUCUGGUUAAAUUACUCAUACCUACAAGUAUUCAACAUAAACCUGGUGAUCAUGCUGUUAUUCUACCCCCAAAUCCACAUGAUGAAGUUGAAAGAUUAAUGUCUUUUAUUUCGGAUCCUCCAAACAAACAUUUCAACAUUGAGGAAAUGAUACGCGGGAAAUGGAUUGAACAAGACCGACUACCUUCUUGCAGCUUACAAAGAGCUUUGACCUGGUAUCUGGAUAUUAUGGCAACACCUUCAAAGGAGUUCCUAUUAUCAUUGAAACAAUUUGCUAAACAUGACGAAGAUCGAGAAUUAAUAGGAAUAUGGACAGAUGUGGGAGAAUUGGAAUGGAGGUCUGGGGCCCCAACUCUGGCGGAUACUUUGUCAUUUUUAAAAUCAGUUAAGGUCCCAACAGCCUGGCUCUUAUCAGUUCUCCCUUUGCAAAGUCACCGCAGUUACAGCGUAUCUAACAGUUCCAGUGUCAACCCUAAUGAAAUGCACAUUAUGGCUGCCGUUGUAGAAUACGAAGCGGGUGGGAAGGUAAGAAAUGGUCUUUGUUCUGGGUGGAUGUCAACACUACAACCAGGAGAUAUGGUUCCCGCGGGUCAUAGAUCUAUGGCCUCUUUCCAUUUACCGAAAAACCCAAAGGAGCCUGUAAUCAUGGUUGGAGCUGGAGCCGGGUUAUCUCCUUUCAGGAGUUUUUGGCAGGAAAGAUACUGUAAUAGAGAAGAAGCAGGUCCGUCAUUGUUGUUUUUUGGUUGCCGAAAUCCAGAUUACGAUGAUUUGGUACGAGAUGAGAGACAAGACUUGGAAGAUAAAGGUAUCAUAGAAAAUAUAACAGCCUAUUCUCGUCAUGGUCCAAAAAUGUACGUUCAAGAUGCAAUAAAGCUCCAUCAAGAUAGAUUAUACGAUUUAUUGAUAAAUCAAAAAGCUCAUAUUUAUAUCUGUGGUGAUGCUUCAGUAGCUUCUGGCGUUCGAAAAGCCAUUUUGGAAAUAUUUAUGGAUAAAAUGGCUAUAAGCGAUGCCGAGGCAAAAAAAUUCAUUCGGAAAAUGAGGAGUGAAAACAGGGUACACGAAGAUGUCAACAAUAUUAAGCACGCGAACAAUGCACUUAUAAUUAAAUAA